GUAAAGUAAUCGCAUAAAUAUUUCGUCUGAAUGUGAGUUUUCAAGUCACGUUAUUAAUACUAGAGCAACAUUCAAUUGUCUAUGGUUAACAGGAGCCAUUUUUCUGAAAAAAGUGGUGAUACAUGUCAAAUAUUUCAACUAGCUCAACUUUUCAAGGCUAUAGUGUGAUGAUUUCGAUUCCCAUAAACGUGAUAACGAUUGCAACAAAUAAUCAGUUUUAGCGGCGCAUUGUUCCCGUUAGUUUCCUGUUGGAUGUGAGAUACUUUGUCCGCGGGCGGCAUUUCACAUUGCUGCCGGAGUAGUCGGUAACAACAAAGGCACACGGUUCGCGAUGGGUUAUUACUGCACGGUGCCCCAGUGCACCUCGCUGGCCGGGAAGACCAAGAACGUGAAAUUCCACCGGUUCCCCCGCGAUGAGACCAUGGCAGACAAGUGGAACGUGAUUCUAAAACGCGGGAAGCCGUACACGAAAUACUCCAAAGUUUGCAGUCUGCACUUCACUCAGAAUGACUACAACGUCACAAACAUGGGGCAAUGGAAGACCUUGAGCAAAGACGCCGUGCCGUCCCAGAACCUUCCCAAGCUGAACCCUGACGGAUCCGUCAUGGUGAUCCGCAAGAGCCGUACCCUCAAGUACAAGGAGACCAGGAAAGAUGAGCCUAUUGACAAGACGGAGAAGUGGUCCCCCAUCGGGAUGAGCCACGCGCCGCCCGCGGCCCUGCCCGAGCCCGCCCUGGAACCCGACAGCAGCUUGGCGUACCGCCUGCAGACUCUGCACGCCAUCGCCAACGGCGUGUCCCCGCUCUCCCCGCCGCCCCCUCCCCCUCCCCCCGCGCACCCUGUCCCCGCCCCCGCGCCCGCGCCCCUCAAGCCGAAGAAGCAGGACGCCUUUAUGCAGACCGACCCCGUGCAAGACGAGGAGGAGGAGAACAAUCAGCCCGACAACAGCUACAGCGAGCCAAACGACAACUCCUACCAUUCGCAGUCUGAGCAGAUAGCCGAGUAUCCAGUCCAAUACAAGGAACCAGAAAAAUCAUACGAACCAAAAUCUUACGACACAAAAUCCUACGAGUCCAAACCGUACGAUUCAAAAUCGUACGACUCAAAAUCGUACGACUCAAAAUCGUACGAGCCUCCAAAAGACUACACAAAACAGACAGAUGACUACAUACCACAGACAGACGAGGAAUAUAAUAAAGAGGCAGAGAAAUACGCGCUAGGCCAGAAAUCUCUGAAUGGUUAUGAUAAAGAUCAGUACCAGAAAACCUUGGAUUACCAGAAGAUGGGACAACUGUAUGGGUUCACCGAUAAGCAGGAGUUUAGGAGUUACUAUCCUAAUGGGUAUACAGAUAGUGCGGAGAUCCUCCGCAACCAGCAAGCGAACCUCCAAAUACUUCAGCAACAGCACCGGGUGACGGAGAACCAGAAUUUCUUCACCGAGGGCAUCAAACAAGAGGUGGACCUCAGCGGAGAUGACAUGUAUGAACGGAGCAAGGAGAUUGCUGAGAGAGAUGCGGGCAUGUACGAGACGCAGCGGCGCCUCGCGCAGCAACGUUCCUUAGAACUGAGCCUGCCGCCGCAGGUCAAACAGGAGCCCGAAGGCUGUGAUAAUGUGAUGCAACCGCAGGGGAGCCCCUACGGUUACUCCAACGGACUCAACGGUGUACAGGGAUACUACGAGCAGCUGUCGCGGCCGGGGCCGGAGAUGCUCAUCGCCAAGCAGAACGCGUUGGCGGCGCAUACGCAACUGUGGCAAAAUACAAUGAAGAGACCAUUCUUCUAUAGCGAAAGCCCACACUACAACGGCCCGCCGUUACUGCAUAGAUACGAGGAUAUACCAAGAAUCCUCCAGUGAGUAACAUUCCAAGGCGACGGUGAAUAAUAAAUAUAUUAUAAUAUAAAGUUAAUAAUAAUUGUAAAACUAUGUUCUCUUAAAGACGAUAAUCUCUCGGUUUUCUUUUGUAAUAAUAUAUUUUUUAUCGUGUUGAAGAUAAAUAUCGUGGCUACAGUCCUUUAUUUAGUUAAUAAUUAAAA